AUGACUGUAGGUAGUGAAAGCCAUUGGGAAACUACCAACACGAAUAGGGAGGCCCUUAACACGGCCAAGACUAAGAUCAAAAUAGGAUUCUGGAAUGUACGUACUAUGUAUGCAAUCGGUAAAUUAGCACAAGUAACAGCCGAGAUGAGAAGAUACAACCUGCACGUGCUGGGAGUCAGUGAAAGCAGAUGGACUGAUUCAGGUAAAAUACGCACAACAACAGGUGAAACAUUACUGUAUUCUGGUCGAGAAGAUGGACUACAUCAUGAAGGGGUUGCAAUUAUUCUCAAAAAGGGAAUUGAGAAGUCUUUAAUGGAAUGGAAGCCAAUCAACAGUAGAUUGCUAACAGUACGGCUUAGAGGAAAGCAAGUCAACAUGACAUUAUUCCAGUGUUAUGCACCCACUAACGAUGCAGAUGAAGAACAUAAAAAUGCUUUUUAUGAACAACUACAGCAAGAACUAGACAACACACCAGACCACGAUAUUAAGAUCAUCAUGGGUGAUAUGAAUGCUAAAGUCGGAGCAGAUAAUGAACUAUACAAUAGGGCAAUGGGACGACAUGGUUGUGGAAGCAUGAAUGAAAAUGGAGAGAGACUUGUAGAGUUUUGUACUACCAACAACUAUGUAAUUGGAGGAACACUAUUCCCCCACCAAAACAUUCAUAAGUUAACCUGGCACUCUCCAAACAUGAGAGACAAAAAUCAAAUUGACCACAUCAUGAUAAAUGGAAAAUGGAGACGAUCAUUAUUGGAUGUGAGGGUGAAGAGAGGUGCCGAUGUUGAUAGCGAUCACCACCUGGUAACAGCAACUAUCAAACUAAAACUGCGUAGCACAGAGAGAAAGAACAUGGCAAGAAAGAAAUUUGAUGUGGAUAAACUUAAAGACAUCAAGGUACGACAUGAAUUCAACAUCAUGCUCAAGAAUAAGUUCGAUAUAUUACAAAAUUUGGAACCAGAGGACAACAUACAUGUAACAUCAAUCGACAAAAAGUGGGAAAAAAUUAGCAACAUCUACACUGAAACUGGUGAGAAAUGUAUCGGUUAUAGGCAGAAACAUAGGAGUAAAGACUGGAUAAUGCCUAGAACGUGGAUAAUGAUUGACUCAAGAAGAGAUGCCAAAAAGAAAGUAAAUGAGGCCAAAUCUCUGAGACUUAAAGAGAGACAUCAAAGGGAAUACAGUGAAAUAGAGAAGGAAGUGAAAAAGGCUCUACGUGCAGACAAGAGAGCACACAUAGAUGACCUAGCAACAAAAGCAGAAGAGGCAGCCAACAGAGGAGAGCAAGGAACUCUUUACAAAAUAACCAAGGCACUGAAUGGCAGGAAUAGACCAUCUCCCAAUCUACCUGUCAAGGACAAAACAGGAAAGUUGCUGUCAUCAAAACAAGAGAUGGAGGAACGAUGGACAGAGCAUUUUAAGGAAAUCUUAAACAGACCACCUCCAACUCAUGAACCUGACAUCAGUUAUCCAGCAAAUGACCUAAACAUAAGCAUUGAACCACCACAAAUUCCAGAAAUUGUCUCUGCAAUACAAAGUCUAAAAAAUGGAAAAGCCCCUGGAUAUGACAACUUAAAUGCAGAAUUGUUCAAAACAGAUCCACUUCUUACAGCCACAAUUUUACAGCCAAUUUUCCAUGACAUCUGGGAAAGAAACACCAUACCAGAUGAGUGGAACCAUGGAGUCAUCAUUAAAAUACCAAAGAAAGGCAACCUAAACGACUGCAACAAUUGGCGAGGAAUAACACUGCUUUCCAUCCCAAGUAAGAUCAUGGCUAAAAUCAUCAUCAGAAGGAUAUCCAUAGCUGUAGAUGUCAAACUGCGUAAAGAACAAGCAGGAUUUAGGCCAGGGCGAGGAUCCUUCGACAGCAUUCAUAGAGACAGUCUCUGGAAAAUUGUGCGGUCAUAUGGCAUCCCACAACAUCUAAUAGAUAUCAUCAAGAGUUUUUAUGUCAACUUCAGAUGCAGAGUUGGAAACACCAGCAUCGAGUUUGACGUUAAAACAGGAGUCCGUCAAGGCUGUGUAAUGUCAUCAACACUAUUCAUCAUAGCCAUUGACUGGGUCAUGAAGAAUACAACAUUUGACAUUCAGAGAGGCAUCAGAUGGGGUACAUUUACAACACUAGAAGACCUGGACUUUGCUGAUGAUAUAGCCUUAUUCUCCCACUCCCACCAGCACAUUCAAGACAAAACCAGCAGGCUACACAAAUAUGCAGGAAGCAUUGGACUGAAGAUAAACACCAAAAAAACAGAGGUCAUGACCCUAAAUGUAAACAAUCCACAAGCGGUCAAAGUGGAAAAUCACAUCCUUCCAUGCACCAACACCUUUACAUACUUGGGUAGCAAAGUAACAACAGAUGGUGGAGCAGAGACCGACAUCAAAGAGAGGCUAUCCAAGGCAAGAGCAGCUUUUAACAACCUACAUACUGUUUGGAGAUCAAGUCAGUACACAACAAGAACAAAGCUGAAACUAUACAAAAGCUGCAUUCUACCUAUCCUUUUGUAUGGAUCAGAGUGUUGGAGAAUGACAGAGAGUGACCUGAACAAGCUGUCAACAUUUCAUACAAAGUCCCUGAGAAGGAUCUUAAGAAUAUUUUGGCCCAAUACCAUCUCAAAUCAAGACCUUCUCAACAGGUGCCAACAAGAGGACAUGGCCACAAUCAUCAUCAGAAGACGCUGGAACUGGCUUGGCCAUGUACUUAGAAGGGACUCAGACAGCAUCAUAAAGACAGCUCUCUUCUGGACACCAGAGGGAAAACGGAAGAGAGGAAGGCCCAAAGUCACUUGGCGGCGGACAGUGGAAGCCGAACUUAAAGUACAAAAGAGAAGCUGGGGCACACUCCAAAAGCUAGCCAGUGAUAGACAAGGAUGGAGAACCCUCGUUACUGCCCUAUACGCCAAAGGCGUCACGGGCACCUUAUCCUCACGACAAAAAGAGAGGAAAAUCCAAAACACCUGUAAGAGGGUACGGAAACAGAAAGCAUCUGACAAGCUAGAGCCUGAGGGAGAAAAAAACUAG